AUGUCCAAAUACCAAGGCUAUCCGUACGUUACUAAAAUUGUGAAUGAUGUGCCCACCAUCGACUCGGCAACCGCCUCGCAAUGGGCUCACCUUCCAAGGAAACCAAUACAGCCACCGCUCCCACGUCCAACUGGCAGUGGCGCUGGAUCUUCUAGAGAUAAUGUUUCUACCCCAAGUGAGUCUCGACCCCCAACAACCCAAAAGAAACCAGAUGACGACGACAAUCCAGUCGUAUACAUUGAUCUUCCAAGUCCUGAUGAGAGUGAUAUAUGUACCAGCAUUCAGACUCCAAGUAUAGAGCCAGAAUAUGUACAGAAUACGUUUCUCUAUGACCCUUUUGAUAACAAAAGAAUAGACGUGUCAAAAAGAGAGGAAGCCGGAUCUUCUUCAUCAAAUUCCGCCAGCAAUGACAGGACCUCACCUACUGCUGGCCCACCACGACAGCCUACACAAGCUUCAAGCAGCAGCAGACCUUACGAUGCUCAACCAUCCGGCUCAAGACCGACCCCUCCUCGAUCGCUACCAGGUUUUAUGGAGAAAGAGUCUUUAAUCUAUGGAGGACACGGCGCUAAUGAGUUCCCACUAUCACCAAUACCGAUAUCGGAUUUUCCGGAACCACCUCCAGCGUACACGGAAGUUGCAAAACCUCCAUCAACAACCCCUCAGUCUCCAACACCAGCCCCGGAACCACCAAGAACCCAAGUUAUACUUCCUAGUCAAGAACCAGUACAUCCAUCAGAGAUAUUGCACUACAACCCAAACAAUAGGAAGUUCUUGAGAUGUCAGCACUGCAACAGUAAUGUCCACACCAUGGUCAUCAAACAAAAUGGCACUGUAACAUAUAUUUUUGCGAUACUCCUGUGUUUUUUAUUCAUGCCCUUAGUCUUCUUCGUCUUCUGCAGCGAUUGUUUAAAGGAGAAGACUCAUUACUGUCCGAACUGCAACAAACGCAUUGGCUUCGAGGUACCAGUCGUCGGAUCCAAUAUACAUUUUGAAAAACCAUCCAACAGUUCGUACUAG